ACGGACGCCGCUGCGGGGCGGGCCGUGCUCCGGAAGUGCCCACCCCGCUUCCGGGUCUGCUGCAUGCUGGGACCGCGAGGCCCGCCAUUCAGUUGCCGCCGCUCGUCUCACGUUCGUGUCGCCGGGGCCGGAACCGGAGCCGGGACCGGGGCUGCAGCUUCUUCCUCCCAGGAUGUCCAUCGGGGUCCCGAUCAAGGUCCUGCAUGAGGCCGAGGGCCACAUCGUCACCUGUGAGACCAACACCGGGGAGGUGUACCGGGGCAAGCUGAUCGAGGCCGAGGACAACAUGAACUGCCAGUUUCCCAGCCUCAGUGAUCCUCCGCAGCUUCCGCUCGCUGCCCAUGUCUGGUCUGUCGUCAAGGACUUGGGAGUUUGGCCACGCCUUUCUCUGUCCCCCCUUCUCUCCUGUCACAGUAGUUGGCGGUCUCUGCCUGCAGUCCAUCCUCAGCCAUGGGCCCAGAUGUCGAACAUCACAGUCACAUACAGAGAUGGACGAGUGGCCCAGCUAGAGCAGGUUUACAUCCGAGGGAGCAAGAUUCGCUUUCUGAUCUUGCCAGACAUGCUGAAGAAUGCCCCGAUGUUGAAGAGCAUGAAAAACAAGAACCAGGGCUCUGGGGCUGGCCGAGGGAAAGCAGCCAUUCUGAAGGCCCAGGUGGCUGCCAGAGGAAGAGGGCGUGGAAUGGGCCGGGGCAAUAUUUUCCAGAAACGAAGAUAAUCUCCUCUGAGGAAGAGAACUCUGUCCUUGUUGUUGUCUGCUUUUCGGGGCUCGGAGCUCAGCCUUCUGGGGUGUCAGCUCUCUCUUAGAUGAGGGAGGAGCAGGAGGCGCACCAGCCAAAUAAAGGUGUUUGGGAAUACUUGA